AAGCAAGGGUUGUGGUGAAGGCUAGCUAUUCGUUAAAGUUGAAAUAUGAAUAUGGUUUUGUUCAGCCAGUUUUAUCGAUAAAGAUUUUGAUCAGUCAGAAGUUAUGUGUCUCAGCGCGAGCCCGCGGAGUGCGCGUGCAGAUUGACAUCGUGGUCUGCGUGUGAUCUCUGCAUCUCUCCUGACCUAUGGAAAAUCUGUGUCUUCAGCAGAUGUGAAGUGACCCAUGUGUCUGCUGCUGAUUGAGAAUUGUUUCUCGUCUCCUGAACGUUGAAUUGAAUCCCGACACUGCCGUCAUGUCUCUGCCCGAGGAUCGCGGGAAAGAAAGAGAGCGCGGCGCACGCCCUAAAGUACGCCAGAGCCGGUCCGAGGAGAGAAGAGACGGGGCAAGGAGAAAGGGGGGGAGCGGGAAAAAGAAAAACCACCCGUCACAUGACCUGACCUCCGUGCGGCCCGUGAGUGAUGGCUUCGAGUACGGCGAUCUGUUGAAUGGCCUGCACGGAUCCAGCGAAGGCGGCUCUUCCUCUCCCGUAAUAGAACACAGGAGAUGGCAGGUCCUGGGCUCAUCGGGAUCCUUGUUAUCAGAGAAGGUUUCUGCCGGACCGUCGAUAAGCUCGCCCGCCUCCGACCCCGGCUGUGACGCGGACAGCAAGUCCUCUGGUGGUAGCCGCACGCUCCGGCAGAAGAUCCAGGACGCUGUAGGACAGUGUUUCCCCAUCAAGAGCCACAGCCAGGGUUUGUCACAGCCUGCCCCAGCGACAGCCCUGUGUUCCUCCAGACGUAAGAUCCUCCUGAGCGAGCUCAUGCUGGACAGCUGUCCGUUCCCGCCCGGGUCCGACCUGGCCCAGAAAUGGAACCUCAUCAAGCAGCACACAGCUCCCCUUUCUCAAGCGCCCAUCCCAGAUUCCUCCGCCACCACCACCACGCUCAUCGCCACGCCCGUGGAGGAUGAGGAAGAUCGUUUAAGGGAGAGACGACGAAUAAGCAUCGAGCAAGGCGUGGAGCCGCCGCCUAACGCCCUGAUCCACACGUUCGAGGUGACGGCUCAGAUAAACCCGCAGUAUAAACUGGGACCCAAACUGGCACACGGAAUGAACGAGCUGGCCGGAGACGAGCGGGCCACGCUGCACCAGCUGCUUCUGCAAAGCUGUUUGGACACGCUGGACGAGGUCGCCGCCACAUCCUCCAUGACGGCCGACGUCGAACUGGCCGCCGCCUCUCCUUCCGCGCCUUCCCUGACCGGGGUGACGUUCGUUCAGACGGAAAGCCCCAAAUCGCAAGACGGACAGCAUCGCGUGCACACGCAAAUCGAUUACAUCCACUGUCUGGUGCCUGACCUGCUCCAAAUCACCAACCUGCCCUGCUACUGGGGCGUCAUGGACCGAUACCAGGCCGAGACCCUGCUGGAGGGCAAACCCGAAGGCACGUUUCUGCUCCGCGACUCCGCACAGGAGGAUUACCUGUUCUCCGUCAGUUUCCGGCGGUACGGCCGCUCGCUGCACGCGCGCAUCGAGCAGUGGAACCACAACUUCAGCUUCGACGUGCACGACCCCAGCGUGUUCCACGCGCCGACCGUCACGGGCCUACUGGAGCACUACAAGGAUCCCAACUCAUGCAUGUUCUUCGAGCCGCUGCUGUCCACCCCCACACACCGGACGCAUCCUUUCAGCCUGCAUCACAUCUGCCGCGCCGUCAUCAGCGGCUGCACCACGUACGACGGCAUCAAUGCGCUGCCGCUCCCCAACUCGCUGAAGGAGCACCUUAAGGAGUAUCACUACAAGCAGCGCGUUCGCAUCCGCAGGCUGGACGCCUGGUGGGAGUGAGAGACAGACGUCUGGAACGAGACCAAAAGUGCCAUUCCUCUUCCUGUAAGACCCUCUGUUGCACACAAAAGAUGCGAGUGCCUUUCUGAUGUUUGAUUGACGUUCUGCGGUGUAACUCCUCCUCCUCAUGUUAGCAUCGAAGGGUUCAAGUAUCUCAAGAGACGAUUCGUUCGAAAGUCAUUCAUUCCCCCUCACUCUGUAUGCAAGGCUUUUAUUUUCCAGAGGAACACGAAAGAAGAUAUUUUGAGAAAUGUCUCUGCGGUUUUGUACAAGGGAAAUCAGUGGAGUUCGAUGAUCAACAUUCUUCCAAACAUCUUCUGUUGUGUCCUGAAGAAGAAAAAAACUCAUGCAGGACACGAGGAGGUAGAAAAGAACUGUCGUGUUUGGGUUAAACUGUCCCUUUAACACAGCGCUGCAACUACAAUAUUUUUGUUUUUAUCAAGAAGAGUGUUGCGUGGGUUUCCUCUGUGCACGUGAGUUUCCUCUAGGACAUAAAAUGUUUUAUAGAUUCAUAAAUGAUCUUCUCGCUGCUGGAUCACACAUAUCACAGGCAGCCACUGGAUGAAACGUCACUGGAAACUGGUGCUUAUGGAUUGGUCAGGCGGUACCGCUGAUAGUCUACAUUAGGUGAAGGAGUGGACUUGGUUUAAUCUUUAUUAGUUUGACGUGAAUGUUGAUGUCGUGGACCAACCAUGUAUCAUCUUUGAAGCUCCGUCCCGCUGUCUGGAUCACUCAAUACAUUCACAGAUCAAGUGUCGACAUACAUGUUUGAGUAAACAAAUCAACAACAUUUAACCAAGAGACACACAUGCAAACGUUUGCAUGUGUGUUUUUUUUAUUCAUGAGGGAUUCUGCGUCUGUUUGCUGCACAUGCGGAUGUGCCAGUGAGAAUCUACACAUGAAGUUUGAGAAACAUCAUUCUCUGUUCAUCUUUAAAUGAAACGUCUCAUCAACACUAUAUUAGAAUGUAAAUGAUUAAUUUCAUGUGUGUUGAACAGUUUGACAAAAAAAUAUUUCAUUGACUUGGAGACAGUACAAAGGGAAAAAGCAUCUUUUGCAUCCCAGUUUUUCUCUGAAGUGACAUGAAGAUCUCGCGAAAACGGAACAAGGUUAGCAGAUUUAUAAAAUUAACUUGCUGUUUUUUACUGAAUAUUUUGUACAUGUAGACGAGUCACCGCACAGGUCGAGUCUGGAUAGAUGUGAAUGAGUGAGCAGACGGUGAGGAUGUUAAGAGCUUAUGGUGAUUGUCGGAAGAUUUUGGACCAUCGUGCACUUUUUCAAGAGCAUCUCUUAUCACAGCUUGCCUCGUUUUUUACACUGAUGUUUAUUUAUUUUCUUUUGCCUAAAAUGUACGUUUUGAUUUAUUAAAAUCUAGUGUGAAUAAUUCCACUGCUGUGUAGGACGUAAUAAAAGCACAUAUUAUUAAACUUGA